UCGGGCCCAGGAAGGGCCAAGGAGAGAGACGAGAUCGGCCUCUCUGCUCCCCACUGCUCCCAGCAAGUCCUCUAAGGCACCAGUCUCUUUCCUACACACCGUGUCUCUGGGAAAGAAAAACAAAACUUCGCCCAGAUGAAGAGAACCCACCUGUUUGUGGUGGCGGUCUACCUGCUGUCCUCCUGCAGGGCAGAGGAGGGGCUGAACUUCCCCACCUAUGACGGCAAGGACCGCGUGGUCAGUCUAACCGAGAAGAACUUCAAGCAGGUUUUGAAGAAAUACGACUUGCUCUGCCUCUACUACCAUGAGCCCGUGUCUUCAGAUAAAGUCGCGCAGAAACAGUUCCAAAUGAAAGAAAUCGUGCUGGAGCUUGUGGCCCAAGUCCUGGAACAUAAAGAUAUAGGCUUUGUGAUGGUGGAUGCCAAGAAAGAAGCCAAGCUUGCCAAGAAACUGGGUUUUGAUGAAGAAGGAAGUCUGUAUGUUCUUAAGGGUGAUCGCACAAUUGAGUUCGAUGGCGAGUUUGCAGCUGAUGUCUUGGUGGAGUUUCUCUUGGACCUCAUUGAAGACCCCGUGGAGAUCAUCAACAGCAAACUGGAAGUCCAAGCCUUUGAGCGCAUUGAGGACCAUAUCAAACUCAUAGGCUUUUUCAAGAGUGAGGACUCAGAGUAUUACAAGGCUUUUGAAGAGGCAGCUGAACAUUUCCAGCCGUACAUCAAAUUUUUUGCUACUUUCGACAAAGGGGUUGCAAAGAAAUUGUCCUUGAAGAUGAAUGAGGUUGACUUCUAUGAGCCAUUUAUGGACGAGCCCAUUGCCAUCCCUGACAAACCCUACACAGAAGAGGAGCUUGUGGAGUUUGUGAAGGAGCACCAAAGACCCACUCUACGUCGCUUGCGCCCAGAAGAUAUGUUUGAAACAUGGGAAGAUGAUUUGAACGGGAUCCACAUUGUGGCCUUUGCGGAGAGGAGUGAUCCAGAUGGCUAUGAGUUCCUGGAGAUCCUGAAGCAGGUUGCGCGGGACAACACGGACAACCCUGACCUAAGCAUCGUAUGGAUCGACCCAGAUGACUUUCCUCUGCUUGUUGCCUAUUGGGAAAAGACGUUCAAGAUUGACCUAUUCAAGCCACAGAUUGGAGUGGUGAAUGUUACAGAUGCUGACAGUGUCUGGAUGGAGAUUCCAGAUGGUGAUGACCUGCCCACAGCUGAGGAGCUGGAAGACUGGAUUGAGGAUGUGCUUUCUGGGAAGAUAAACACUGAGGACGGUGACAGCGAAGAUGAAGAGGAUGAGGAGGGUGACGACGACAGUGAUGAUGACGACGACAAUUCUGACGAAGAGGAUGAUGACGAUGAUGACUAGCCCCCAACUCCAGAUGACGUUCAUGAAAACAGAAGCACAGCUACCCACCCCCAUGCAGACAGCACAAGGUAGCAGCAAGCAGCCCUGGACCACGUCCAGCCAGCUCCUUUCCCUUUUCCAACCUCUCUUUUCCCACUUCCUUCUCAUCAGAUGUGCAACUCAGCAAAUGCCUUUCUAAAUCCAGCAAUCUCACUCAGCAAGAACAGUGGGGAAUUUUUCCCAUGUCGACGGUCUUGAUUGUCACGAAAAAACUCUCGUUCUUUGCCAGAUCAUCAGUGGCCAUGGCAGUGCCCGAAUCUGGCAGUCUGGGGAGAGCAAUCCCCAAACGCCUUGACUCGAAUUUACCUGUUGUCUUUGACUAUGGCGGUAACAGAAUUCACAGCUUGCUAACUCACAAGCAUGGUGUGACCUUAUAACCAGAGCCCAGGGAAGACACACAAUGCAUGUAGCCCCCAUGCCUACAA